AUGAAAUUUAUCAUUGUAAUUGCAAUCUUAAUCGUUGGUACUUAUUAGCUUAUGCCUAUGCCCAAAUAGUUUGUUAAAGGGUCAAAGAGCAUGAAAGUUAUUAAUAAAUGUGGAAUACAAUUUACAAACGGUAAUCAAUAUCCAGAACAUGUAAUUGAAUUAUUGCGUCAUUAUCAUUCAUUAAUGACAUCAAAAAAUGAAUGUAAUUUUGAAUAGGCUUUGAAUUUCAAUCUCAAAAAUUAAGGAGCUUUGAAAUUUCAUAUUUCCCUUCAAAAUGAUGAACAAUUAUAUUGGGUUAAUAAAACUUAAUAAGAAGCUUAUAUUUUGAAAAUUGAUGAAUAUUUAAACAUAUAAAUUGAUGCUCAUAAUCAUUGGGGUUUGGCUCGAGCAUUAGACACAGUGCAUUAAUUAACUGAAAAUGAUCGCAUUGAAUUCCUACCACUUAUAAUUGAAGAUGAGCCAGCCUAUUCUUUUAGAGGUGUGAUGGUGGAUACAGCAAGACACUUUUUGCCUUUAAAGACUCUUGAGAGGACUAUUGAUGCAUUGGCUAUCAAUAAAAUGAAUGUAAUGCAUUGGCAUAUCACUGAUGAUGAAAGUUUUCCUUUACUUCUAACAAAUUAUAGUCGCAUAACCCACACAUCUAAAUAUUCAGAAAAUGAAUACUACACAAAAUCAGAUGUAUCCUAUUUGAUAGAGUAUGCAUCCAUAAGAGGAGUGUAAAUAAUACCUGAAAUUGAUUCACCAGCCCAUGUGUAAUCUUGGGGAAGGAAUAUUAGUGAUUUAGAAUAUAUUAUUUUAAAUUGUGGAAGCACAAUUAAAUAAUAUGGGCAAUUCGAUCCUACUUUAGAUUUAACUUAUGAUGUGGUUAAAUCAGUCUUCUAAGAUUUAUCUGAUAUGUUUAGCAAAGUGCAGUUUAUUCAUUUUGGUGGAGAUGAAGCUAUCAAGAGUUGCUACAACUAAAGACCAUCAAUCAAAGAGUUCAUGGAUAAAAAUGGCAUUGCAGAUUAUAUAGAAUUGCAGACUUAUUACAGAUAACGAUAAAAAAGUAUAUGGAAAAAUGAAAUUAAAUCUAAAUAGAGAAUAGCCUAUUGGUAUAAUAAGGACGAUAAAUUACCUGCUGAAGAUGAAGAUAUCAUUCAUUGGUGGGGUACUACAGAUGAACUCGAAUUAGUAGCAAAUAGAACUAAUGAUUUCAUACUUAGUGACUAUCGUCCAUUGUAUUUGGACAUUGGUGUUGGAAAUGCUUUUGGAAAUACCUAUCAAACUUACUAAACUUGGAAAGACAUUUACAAAUGGACUCCAAAAGCUCCAGAAGGAUUCAAGGGCAAAAUAAUUGGAGGUGAGGCACCUCUUUGGGGAGAAACCAAUAAUGAAAAUACUCACUUCUAAAGAUUGUUCAUAAGAUCAUCCAUUUUGGGAGAUACUUUAUGGAAUCCUUUCUCAAAGCAAUCAGAAAAAUUCUAUGAAUUCGCUGAUAGACUAGGGUAAAUGGAGGAUAGAAUGAACAAAUAUGGAUUUCCAGUAUCCCCUUUCACUCAUGAUUAUUGCAAGAGACAUACCAAAAUUUGUUUUCCUAUCUUGUAUGAAGAAGAAGAACCAAGUAUCGGACAAUAGCAUUAAUUUAAAGAAUUAUGA